AGACAGGAAGGGACGACUUCCUAAUGUCCUGAGAAGGACAUAAAGUCUGUUCUUGCAUCUAAUAUAGAGCAAAAUAAACAUUUGGAAACCAGGACAGUGAGGUCAGGAAAUAUAUCAACCACACAUGCCCUCCAAUGUCAGAAUGAUUCUUGUAGAGUGAGUGCAACUUUGACUCUGUGUGGGAUGUGGAAGUAGGAAAAAAUCUACCUAGAGGAUCUUCUGCUGGAAGCACAGCCCUCCCCUUUCCUCUUGCUCACUCUCUCUCUCUCUCUCUCUCUCACUCACAGUCUUUCUCAGCUGGCUCCGCUCUCUCUCAGUCUUGCGCUGUGACCGUGUGCACUGAGCUUUUGCAAAGAGAGGGAGAGAGAGAAGCGCCUAGGGCUUCACCGAGCUUAAGUUGAGUUUAGUCUCCACUGUGUUACUCUUUAAAACAGUCAGACAGGAAGAGCGCACAACAUCUAGGAGAUAAACAACCACAGGAAUACACUUUAAAGUGAGACAGUGAGUGGUUUGGACACUCGUGUUCUUCUCCUGAGGCUGUGACUGCUUCACCAGGAGAGAUGUGAUCUUUGUGUGACUUAUUGUACAUACAGACACACCUGCUCCAUCCUCUGAAGGACUGGAUUGCUGAACGAAACAGUGUUUACCAGAGGCCAGUGGACUGCACACAGGCAGGGGUGAAAAUGGACUACCUGUGGGGGAUUGUACUGCUUCUGUGGAUGCUCGGCGUGCCGGAGAGAGGAACCGACGCUCAGAAGAGCAAGAACAACGUACCCAGGCUCAAACUCUCAUAUAAAGAAAUGUUGGAUUCCAACAACCUGCUCACUUUCAAUGGAUUGGCCAACAGCACUGCCUAUCACACCUUUUUAUUGGACGAGGAGAGAGGCCGGCUCUUUGUGGGGGCCAAAGACCAUGUGCUGUCCUUCAACUUGGUGGACAUCAAUCUGGACAUGCAAUUGAUAUCUUGGCCUCCUUCACCUUCUCGACGAGAUGAAUGCAAGUGGGCUGGGAAAGACGUCCAGAAAGAGUGCUCAAACUUCAUAAAGGUUCUGCAGUCGUUUAAUCAGACGCACUUGUAUGUGUGUGGAACAGGAGCCUUCCAUCCCGUCUGCGCUUAUGUGGAAGUGGGCAAACGCCCAGAGGACAACAUCUUACGGCUAGGGUCAUCAAGCUUUGAGAAUGGCCGUGGAAAGAGUCCAUAUGACCCCAAACUGCUGACUGCUUCCAUGCUGAUCGAUGGCGAACUUUAUGCUGGGACGUCAGCUGACUUCAUGGGCCGGGACUUUGCCAUUUUCCGAACGUUAGGCAAGCACCAUCCAAUCAGAACAGAGCAGCAUGACUCCAGAUGGCUCAAUGAUCCUAGAUUUAUCAGUGUGCAUCUCAUCCCAGAAAGUGACAACCCUGAAGACGACAAGAUCUAUUUGUUCUUCAGAGAGAACGCCAUCGAUGGAGAGCAAACCAGCAAAGCCACACACGCCAGAAUCGGACAGCUGUGCAAGAAUGAUUUUGGAGGCCACAGGAGUUUGGUGAACAAAUGGACCACCUUCCUGAAAGCCCGUUUAAUCUGCUCCGUUCCUGGUCUGAAUGGCAUAGACACACACUUUGAUGAGCUACAGGAUGUUUUUCUCAUGAGCUCCAAGGAUCCCAAAAACCCUAUUAUCUAUGCUGUAUUUACAACAUCCAGUAACAUCUUUAAAGGCUCAGCGGUGUGUAUGUACAGUAUGGCGGAUAUCAGGAGGGUGUUUCUGGGCCCUUAUGCCCACCGAGAUGGACCCAACUACCAAUGGGUACCGUUUUUGGGUCGAGUGCCAUAUCCAAGACCUGGCACGUGCCCCAGCAAAACGUUUGAUGGUUUUGAAUCAACAAAGGACUUUCCCGACGAUGUCAUCACGUUUGCCAGAAGCCAUCCGGCCAUGUACAACCCAGUGUUCCCCAUCAACAACCGUCCAAUCAUAAUCAAAACCGAUGUGGACUAUCAGUUCACACAGAUAGUGGUGGACAGGGUGGAGGCAGAGGAUGGACAGUAUGAUGUCAUGUUCAUUGGCACUGAUAUGGGCACAGUUCUUAAGGUGGUUUCUAUCCCCAGAGGAACAUGGCAUGAUCUUGAAGAAGUCCUAUUGGAAGAGAUGACUGUGUUCAGAGAACCAACAGCUAUUACUGCCAUGGAACUCUCCACUAAGCAGCAACAGCUCUAUCUUGGCUCCACCAUUGGGGUUUCUCAGAUGCCGCUGCAUCGCUGUGACGUGUAUGGGAAGGCCUGCGCUGAGUGCUGUCUGGCACGUGAUCCAUACUGCGCCUGGGACGGCUCGCAGUGUUCCCGAUACUUUCCAACUGCUAAGAGGAGAACAAGGCGUCAGGAUAUAAGGAACGGAGACCCUCUGACUCAGUGUUCAGAUCUACAGCAUCACGAUGAGGCAGACGGAGAGAGGGGUUUGCUGGAUAAGACAGUGUACGGGGUUGAAAACAGCAGCUCUUUUCUGGAGUGCAGUCCUAAAUCCCAGCGUGCCCUUAUUUACUGGCAGUUUCAGAGACAUGGAGAGGACCGCAAACAAGAGAUAAAGUCAGAUGAGCGGGUGUUGGGCACAGAACAGGGUCUGUUGAUCCGAACCCUCCAUCAGAAGGACUCAGGUGUGUAUUACUGCCAUGCUGUUGAACACGGCUUCAUCCAGACCCUCCUCCGCCUGACACUCAAUGUCAUUCCCACCGAACACCUGGAUGACCUCCUGCACCGAGACACGGCCGACAGCAACGACCCAGCCAAUGGAAAGAUGUGGUACCGUGACUUCCUGUCCCUCAUCAACCCGCCGAGCCCGAACAGCGUCGACCAGCUCUGUGAGCAGGUUUGGAAAAGAGAACGGAAACAGCGUAGGCAGAAAGCCAAUCUGCUACACACCCGCCAAUCACACGCCAGCCAGCUCAUCCACUCCAGCCAAUCACACACCAGCAAGUGGAAGCUGCAACAAGAGAACAAGAAAGGACGCAAUCGCAGGACCCACGAGAUGCAGCGGGCGCCCCGCAGCGUGUGACAUGGACUCAAACAGGACAUCAAACAGACUUCUGCUGAGACUGGAGACAGGAUGAGCGGAAUUCCACUUCCUGUAGUAUGUGUGUGAGAGAUUUACUUAUGAACCAGAGCACAUCUUCAUUCACACGUAUUGAGACUCAAACUCUGAGAGGACGUAACAGGACACAAGAAGCUAACAGAUACUGAAAUACCUGUAAAUAUGACAUCAGUACAAAAAUAUACUGUGAGACAGGUUUCAGUCUGUAUGAAAACCUUGUUUCAUUUUAUGAGGGACAAAACAUGGAUGCUGAAAGACCACUUUUUAAGCUCCAUUUAGCUGAAGCACAAUCCCAGUGCAUUCUGGGUAAUGAACUUGUCAGUGAUAUUAUGUGUAUAGAGUGUGCUGACCUUAACAUAUACUGUAUAUCUUUGUAUCAGAAUGGUAGGCCCGUCUGUUUAUGUACUUAUCCAUUAAUUAGGAAUUCUUCUUCUUUUCUUUCCCCCUCUUUCUAUCUUCCUCCUUGUGUUUUCUGUAUUCAUCUGCCGCAAAAGCAACGCCUCGGCAAAUCCAUUAAUGGAACUGUGUUGUUCCUCUGAAUAAGCUCUUCCUGACAAGAAAAACUAAAAUUAUUUUCUGCUAUUUUUUUUAGAUUAAUAUUUAAUUUUGUACUGUGCCAGAGUAUAUCUAAAAUAUUACAUGAUAGAUUUAUUUUAUUAUUAGUUGUCUUAAUUGUAAACCACUGCAUCAUGAGGGUAAACAAGCCACCUUCACUAACUUUUUCUCCUCAGUUAAGUUAUUUGUUGAUAUGAUUGUGGUCUAUGUUCACGUUCACAUUUAUGUAAAAGCAUUGUGGUCAAGUAUAUGA